AUGGCGUUCAUUAGAAAACCCAUAACCAUCAUGUUGAUUGUGAUGUCACUAUAUACUACUUUCGUUUUUGGUUUCACCUGUCCCAAGAAAAAUGAUAAGAAUAAUCCCAAUGGACUUUACGCUAAUCCAACUGACUGUUGUACAUUCUAUCAAUGCGCUAACGGUCAUCCAUAUGUUAUGAAUUGCCCUGAUGGUUUGCAAUGGAGUACGAAACGAUUAAGAUGUGAAUGGCCAAAAAAUUCUGAUUGUGGGGUCAACGCCACCAGUUCAGCUUUUACGUGUCCAGAGAAAAAUGAUGAGAAUAACCCUAAUGGACUUUAUGCUAAUCCAAGUGAUUGUUCUACAUUCUAUCAAUGUUCUAACGGUAAAUCAUAUUUAAUGAAUUGCCCUGAUGAUUUGCAAUGGAGUACGAAACUAUUAAGAUGUGAAUGGCCUGAAAAUUCUGAUUGCGGGGUCGAACCUAGUAAAGAUUUUACAUGCCCAAAGAAAAAUAAUAAGAAAAAUCCUAAUGGACUUUACGCUAAUUCAAAAGACUGUUGUACAUUCUAUCAAUGCGCUAACGGUCAUCCAUAUCUGAUGAAUUGCCCUGAUGGUUUGCAAUGGAGUACGAAAAGAUUAAGAUGUGAAUGGCCUGAAAAUUCUGAUUGCGGUGCCAAAAGCGGAAAGACGAAUAGCAACUAG